AUCUUUUCGAGCCGCCUAUUUCGGGUGCCGCCAUGUUGGUGAGGAGAAAUCACCGUUACGGCCACUGUCCAAAUGCCCGCGUCGCCGCCCGCUCCCACGCCUCAGCCACCGGCGGCGAAUAGAGACUAGAGCGGCAGCGCCGGCAGCGCGGGGGCCGUGGCCCAGUGUGUGCAGUUAGAGCCCCAUCUCUCUGGCGUGGUUGUUAAUAGACUGGAAAGUCUGUGUCUGUGUCGCUCACUAGUAACCGUGAGUUUUUACCACUUCGUCACCUGUCGGCGGCGGCCGGGAGCAGGUGCCCGCAGGCGGCGCAGGGGGGUCCGCCCCGCGCCCCGCCGCCGCCGGCCUCGCAGACCUGCCCUCCAGCCCCCCCCGUUCUUGACCAAACAUGACAGACUGUGAACAUGCAGGGCACGACAGAGAAGAUGGUGAAUUGGAAGAUGGUGAGAUAGAUGACGCAGGAGUUGAAGAAACACAGCAACAGGAAGCAAAGGAAGAAAGGAAGCAGAAAAAUGACAAAAAUGACAAAAACGAAAAAGCCUACAGAAAGUCAAGAAAAAAACACAAGAAAGAAAGAGAGAAGAAAAAAUCCAAAAGGAGAAAACGUGAAAAACAUAAGCAUAAUUCUCCCUCUAGUGAUGAUAGUUCCGACUACAGCCCUGAUUCAGACGUUGAACAUACGGAAAGUUCCCAUAAAAAAAGAAGUGGUUUCUACAGGGAUUAUGACAUUCCAUUUUCUCAGCAUGGACACGUAUCAGGAAGCUACAUGACAUCAAAGAAGGAUCAACAUAAAAAAUUCAAGAGUAAAGAAUAUGAUGAGUACAGUGCCUACAGUGAUGACAACUUUGGUAACUACAGUGAUGACAAUUUUGGUAACUACAGCCAGGAAACAGAGGAAGAUUUUUCAAGACAGAUGAAGCAAUACAGACAUGGUAAAGAGUCCUCAAGCAGUGCUUUAGGUUCAUCAUAUUCUAAAGAUCCAGGGAAAAAACAGAGGAUGAAAGGAAUUCAGCAAGGUAUGGAACAGAGAGCUAAAAGUUUCGGUAUUGGUCGUGGACGUAGUUUGCCAAAGAAAAUCAAGCGAAAAGACCGUGGGGGAAGAACUAACAAGGGACCUGUUUACUCGGGGAUGGAUGACUAUCAGGAGUAUAGUAAACCAGGGAAAAAAUGGAAGGUUAUGACUCAGGAAUUUAUUAAUCAGCAUACAGUGGAACACAAAGGAAAACAAAUCUGUAAAUACUUCCUGGAAGGGAGAUGUAUUAAGGGAGAUCAAUGUAAAUUUGAUCAUGAUGCAGAGCUGGAGAAGAGGAAAGAGAUCUGCAAAUUUUAUUUACAAGGAUAUUGUACCAAAGGAGAGAACUGCAUUUAUAUGCAUAAUGAAUUUCCAUGUAAGUUCUAUCAUACUGGUGCAAAAUGUUACCAAGGAGACAACUGUAAAUUUUCCCAUGAUGAUCUGACUAAAGAGACAAGGAAACUUUUGGACAAAGUAUUGAAUAAUGAGGAAGAGCUUAUAAAUGAAGAUGAAAGAGAAUUAGAAGAACUUAGAAAACGUGGCAUAACUCCUCUUCCCAAACCGCCCCCAGGAGUUGGGCUUCUGCCAACCCCGUCGGAACAUUUUCCCUUUUCUGAUCCUGAAGAUGAUUUUCAGACAGAUUUUCCUGAUGACUUCAAGAAAAUCCCCUCACUCUUUGAAAUAGUUGUAAAACCUACUGUGGAUUUAGCGCAUAAAAUUGGGAAGAAGCCACCAGCAUUUUAUAACAGUGCCUCACCACCAGGACCACAGUUUCAGGGAAGCAGCCCACACCCUCAGCACAUCUACAAUUCUGGGUCAAGUCCAGGUCCAGGACCUAAUGUGUCUCAUGGAUGCAACAGUCCUGUGAUACACCCAGGCUCUCCUGGGCAUCACACGUGUGCAGGACCUCCUGGCAUGCCAAUGCGACAGAGCCCACCUUUGCCGCCUGGUCCACCUGAAAUUGUAGGCCCUCACAGUCAAGCUGGAGUAGUUGUCCAAUCGGAUGCACCUUUGACACCACCAAAUAUGAGUGGGGUUUACCACUCUCCUGCAUUUUCAGGACAUGGGAUGAAGGUCCCCCGAGAGAAUCACUGUUCUUCAGGUUCAUCCUACCAGCAAGGUCCCGGUGAAAUGCCACUCAACACUAACUAUGAAUCCCUACAAGCUGCAGAUGAGUUUUACAGUAAUUACUAUUCACAGCAUGCUGUACACGACUUUCAGACACCCAGUAGCUGUGGUGAUGGGAUGUGGCAUGAGGAGUUUGCCCAGCAGCCCCCUGUCGUUCAGGACUCACCUGGUUUCGGGAGUGGGCCCGAUAGCAGCAGCAACAUGACAGCCCAUGGCCCCUUGUCUGCUCCAGGACUCCUCCCUGCUGUGCAGAGAGCCCUUUUUGUCAGGCUGACUCAGAGGUACCCAGAAGGUGAAGAACCAGCCAGCACCCAUCCUCAUCGGGCACCAAGCAAGGAAGAAGAUGAUACAGUUAACUGGUACUCCAGCAGUGAAGAGGAAGAAGGAAGCAGUGUCAAGUCAAUACUGAAAACAUUACAGAAACAAACAGAAACUUUAAGGAACCAGCAGCAACCUUCCCCAGAACUCAGCACUCUCACUGAUCCAAGACUUGCUAAGGAGAAAAAUAAAGGCCAUCAAGUGGUUGACCCUAGACUUAGGACUAUCUCAAGGCAAGACGUGCGGAAGCCUUCGGAGUCUGCCCCACAGGAUCUUAGACUUGCGUGGGACCCCAGGAAAUUAAGAGGGAGUGGAAGUGGUCAUGGAGGCUCUUCUGUUGGUGGAGCAAAGUUGGAUUUACAUCAUACAAACACCGGUACUAGUGUCAGACACAAAAGAGGGGAUGAUGAUGAUGAAGACACAGAAAGAGAACUGAGAGAAAAAGCCUUCCUCAUACCUUUGGAGCCCUUACCUGGUGUCAUGCUCCAGGAUCCGAGGUCCCAGCUGAGACAGUUCAGUCACAUUAAAAUGGACAUUAUCCUAGCCAAACCCAACUUUGCAAAACACAUAGUGUGGGCUCCUGAAGACUUACUUCCAGUACCGUUACCUAAACCUGAUCCAGUAUCUUCAAUCAAUUUACCUCUGCCCCCUCUUAUAGCUGAUCAGAGGCUCAAUAGGUUAUGGAAUACAAAAAGUGAUCUUCAUCAAAACAUAGUAUCUGUUGAUCCAAAAUCAGCAGUGAAAGCCAAAAGUAACACAACAAACAGAGAAGGCUACCUAGAACAGUUUGGGGACUCACAUAGUUCAGGAAGUAAAUUAGGAGAUCCUAGGCUGCAAAAGAGUUUUGACCCUAGACUUCACAGAUCGUCCCAUUCAGACUCUCACCAGGCGGUGAUGAAGGAAUCCCAUCUAUCAAAGGGUACCCCUCCUUCAGCCAGAUCCAACUCUGGCUCUUCACAGCCCUCUGGAGCAGUAACUAGCGGUUGUGGCUCUGGGGCCCUGCCUCCCUAUGCCCCUAAACUCUCCUCAUCAGCAGGCCUUCCCCUGGGAGCUCAAAGCUCUGCCCUUAGUGCUAUCAGUCUGUACGAUCCUAGGGAGCAGGGCUCAUCUGCGUCAGAGACAGCAACAGCUUCUGCAGGAGAAAAUGCAGAGAAUGAGAAAAAAGAUGAUGGGUUGAAAAGUAAUGACAAAAGCGAGCCUUCUGCUGGAGAAGCAGUUCUGUCACAGAAAAGCUCUCCAAGCAUGGAAGUCACUGUUGAAGGGCCAUCUGACACGCAGGCCGAUAGUCUGAAAAGUUCCAGUAAAGGUCAGUUCCCAGCAGUGCACACUCUUCCUAUUCAGGCACUCACAGGCUUAAUCAGACCCCAGUACAGCGACCCAAGGCAAGCCAAGCCCCUUGGACAAGUGAGCCCAGUCCCAGACAGUGAGCUCAAUAGAGAAACAGAUGACAAAUCUCUAAAAGAGGUUUUUAAAACUUUUGAUCCAACUGCUUCACCAUUUUGUUAGCUGUUGUGUAAUUGAGCAAUUCUUUUCAUUCUUGUGACUAUUGCAGUCCUCUGCUGUUUUGUACCUGGUUUACCUCUAUAGUUUAUUUAUUUUUAAAUUAUAAACACUUUUCAGCUGCUAGUAUCAGAACCACAUGAAGUUAUAUCCUGGAAAGCCUGUGGUAUUUUAUAUAUAAUAUUUUUAUAACUUUAAGAGACUGUAGUAAUUGACAUAGACACUUAUAUAUCAUGUUAGUUUUAGUAAAAGUACUUUUAUUGUAAAUAAUCCAUCAUGAAUUCAGUAC